AUGGAGAUGGCUAACAUGAAGCCAGAGGAGAUUACCCACCCUCCCAUCAUGGAUCAGCUGGCUGGAAUGGAGUACUGUAUAGACUCCAACCCAUCCUGGGGAGGGUGUAUUAUGCUGGGUUUCCAGCAUUUCAUCCUUUGCUUGGGGACGGCAGUGAUGAUCCCCACCUUGCUGGUUCCCCUCAUGGGAGGAAAUGCCCAUGACAAGGCAAUUGUGGUACAGACAGUGCUGUUUGUGACUGGCAUAAAUACACUGCUGCAAACUCUGUUUGGAACUCGCCUGCCUACGGUUAUUGGUGGAUCAUAUGCAUUUGUAAUCCCAGUCAUAUCAAUAAUCAGUGAUCCCUCGCUGAUGCAAAUUGCUGAUGACCACACAAGGUUCAAAGUAGCCAUGAGAGCCAUACAAGGGGCCCAGAUAAUAUCCUCCUGCAUUCAGAUAGUGCUUGGCUACAGCCAGUUGUGGGGGUUAUGCUGCAGGUUCUUCAGCCCACUUGGGAUGGUUCCAGUUGUUGCACUAGUAGGGAUUGGCCUUUUUGAGAGAGGAUUCCCAGUGAUUGCAACCUGCGCGGAAAUCGGUCUUCCGAUGCUCGUCCUGUUUGUUGCACUUUCACAAUAUCUGAAGCAUGUACAAAUGUGCCAUUUCCCAAUAUUCGAGAGGUUCUCAGUGCUAAUCUCCAUAGCACUGGUUUGGUUAUAUGCCCAAAUCCUCACUGUCAGUGGAGCAUACAAGCAUAGUCCGGUGCUCACUCAGCUCAACUGCCGAACUGACCGUGCCAAUCUCAUCACAACUGCACCAUGGAUUAGGCUUCCAUAUCCGCUGCAGUGGGGUCUGCCGACUUUCAGCGCAGACCAUUCAUUUGGUAUGAUGGCUGCUGUGGUGGUGUCCUUGAUAGAGUCUACGGCAGCAUUUCAGGCUGCUGCCCGUUUGGCAAGCGCGACGCCUCCACCGCCAUUUGUCUUGAGCAGGGGCAUUGGAUGCCAGGGAAUCGGGCUGCUGUUCGACGGGUUAUUUGGUACUGUGAGCGGCUCUACCGUCUCUGUGGAGAACGUCGGUCUCCUAGGAUCAACAAGGAUUGGCAGCAGAAGAGUAAUCCAGAUUUCUGCUGUUUUCAUGAUCUUCUUCUCCAUCCUAGGUGCUGUGGGGCUCUCCUUUAUGCAGUUCAUAAACAUGAACUCGACGCGCAACUUCUUCGUCCUCGGCAUCUCACUCUACCUUGGCAUCUCCAUCCCGAACUACUUCCACCAGUUCACGACGAGCUAUCACCGUGAACCGGCGCACACUAGAGCUGGAUGGUUCAACGACCUCAUCAACACCGUCUUCUCGUCGCCGGCCACCGUCGGGUUCAUCGUCUCGAUGGUGCUGGAAAACACCCUGCAGGAGAGGAACAGAGACAGGGACCGUGGGAUGCCAUGGUGGGCGAGGUUCCGGACGUUCCGCGGCGACAGCCGGACUGUGGAGUUCUACAAUCUGCCGUUCAGUCUCAACCGCUUCUUCCCGGCUUCGUGA